AUGGCGAAUUUUUUGUUAGCUUUCCUCCUCCUCCUGCUGCUGCUACGGCUAGAACACUGCUACGGCGAGCCGAUGGCGUCAUAUGAGCAGUCGUCGAUGCUGAUUUCCGCCGGCGGGCAGCAUAAACGGCACCGCCGUUUGGGGUUACUGUUCCCGGAGUGGGUGGCGGCGGCCGACUGGAAGCUGCUGGCGGAUUCGGACUUGAAUCCGGAUCUCGUGGUGGCGCAGGAUGGCUCCGGCGACUACAGAUCCAUUGUAGAAGCCGUGGCGGCUGUGCCCAAGGAGAGGGGAGGAAGCACGACGAGGUUUGUGAUAUACGUGAAGGCCGGCGUCUACAAAGAGUACGUGGAGAUUCCUAGCUCGAUGGAGAAUUUAAUGAUGACCGGCGACGGGAUAGAUGCUACCGUGGUGACCGGGAACAGGAGCGUUAAAGAUGGCUACCGGACCUUCCAAACGCCCACCUUCGGUUACGAACUAGUUGAAUUAAUUGCAAAAUUAAACAGAAACUGCGACGUCCACUCCCAAACACAAUUCUACCGAAACUGCGACGUCUACGGAACCAUCGACUUCAUCUUCGGCAACGCCGCUGUUGUCUUCCAGAACUGCAACCUCUGCGUUAGGCGGCCAAUGAGCGGCCAGAAGAACACAGUGACGGCUCAGGGCAGGAACAGCUCGGACCAGACCACCGGCAUAUCGAUCCACAACUCCGUCGUGGCUGCAGCGUCGGACCUCGCGCCGGUGCAGGGGUUAUUCAAGACGUACCUCGGCCGGCCGUGGGGGAACUAUUCGAGGACGGUGGUGAUGAAGACGGAGCUAGGGGACUUGAUCGACCCAGCGGGGUGGUUGGAGUGGGACGACCGCCCCCCACCGGACACAUUGUACUACGGGGAGUUCAUGAACACUGGCGCCGGCGCCGACACGAGUAGGAGGGUGACUUGGCCCGGUUAUCACGUGAUCAAUAACUCGUCUGAAGCUGAAAAAUUCACUGUCGGAAGCUUCUUGUCUGGUGACUCGUGGAUACCAGCCACUAACAUUCCUUUCACGUCGGGCCUAUAA